CACCCAUUUUUCUUGGAUAUAGAAUCAAUUUUGCUACUUCUGGCUGUGCUUAUAUUGUUGGGCCUAUCGUUGUUUUGAUUUCCGUGCACGCAGCUGUUUGAUUCUCUGGCCAACGUCAGUUUGACUAAUCAGUCAGCAGCCCAAUGUGGAGCAAAGCAAUUCCAAAUGAAAGCCCUUCCUCAACGAGAUCGGGCACUUCCUCUCCCACCUGGCAACCUAAGGAGACUCCAGCAUGUCUAUCGUAUUCGCCGGCCACUGGUGUCACAGAGUCCAGCUUCAAUGCGUUCAAUACUACCCCCUCGGUUGCAGCAAAUAUCCGCCCCCCACCAGGUUUGGAACACAUGAGUGUCAUGGACUCCGGCUCCAGACACCCAUCCCCUUUGGAUUUUUUGGAUCCUUUGGUCCUUCCCAUGCCGGGGCCUCUUGGCACCGAGCCUCCCAGCUUUCCUCCGCCAAAAUUUGCUGCGCCUCAUGUGGACUUGGAGGAUACUCCUCCGGCACCGCCAAAAGAGCCAUGCCUCCGUUUGGCUUUGUUGCAGUACUUGCCCGCUGAGAAUGAGAAGAUUGUGGACGAUCAGAACAAAAGUCAUGACACAUCUUCUUGCCGACCCUGUGCAUUUUAUCAUACCAAGGGCUGCCAAAACGGCUCGCAAUGCAUUUUUUGCCAUAUUUGCCCGCCUGGGGAGAAGAAGCGAAGGCAAAAACUCAGACGGAAGGCAGGCGGAAGUGUUGGAUAUUGAUGGACAGCUUGACCAAGCAGCGGGAUAUUGAUGGUUCCAAAGCUUCGUCUGGUUGUUCUUCGAUUUGUGACAUCACUCCUUUGCGUGAUUUUUUUGGGCGCAAUGAUUGCGAAGAGGUUUGUUUCAUUUUUGUCUUUUUGCCUUCAGGGUUUCCCUGUGAUUUGUGGCCAGCCCUGGGUGUUCCUGACAUGCUCAUUUG